CCUUAACUGAUAACAUUUCAGUAGGCUACUCGUAGCUAACGGAGUGGGGAAUCUGCCUGUUUUUUACAAAGUGUACACUCUUUGGUUGUCAACUCGAAGGUGAUCAUAAAUGGCGCGUCACGGAAAGCGGUCUCUUAGUGUAGAUUUUCUUGGAGAAACUAGAGACGAGACCAUAUUUUAAAAUACUUGGCUAUAUUUUUGUCCACUAUUUAUACGCCACAUUCCAGUGCUAGCUACCAGUCACAAGCCGUCAGAUGUAACGUUAUGCGGUAAGUGAAAUACAAACAAUAACACGUCUCCCUACAUUGAUCACAGUAAUUAAAUCCAUAGUCGUAGCCAAAUAGUUGCGAACAAGGUGUGUCUAUGGUAUUUUAUUUCUUACUAACGAGCCAACCUUUGCACUGUAACGUUAAUCCAUAGCCUACUUAACGCAACUAUCCAGCAAGCUGGUUACAGCGACGUCAUGGUUGGAAAACAACAGUGGGAUAUGAUUUUAAGUUACUUGAGUCUCGCUUAGGUUACGCUGCUUAAAGACAACCUUUUAGGCGGUCAAAAGGCUGGACGUGCCCGUGUGGAGCGAGCGUUACUCCUGUCCGUCAGUCAUCUGAGGGAGAGACCGAGAGGGUAAGAGGGCGAGGCGGCUGUGGUCGGACCAAACCCCCACCCACCUCUCCUCUCCUCUCCUCUCCUCUAUCCACCCAGCUGCUGUCCUCCAAUGUCCCAGAGGAAGGGUGUGCCAAGCCUGGGGAGGAGACCGUUGACUGUCACCUCGAGUGUCAACCACGCCAGCCUCCCUCCAGAGGCCCCCCUUGGUCACUUCCUGCUCUGACCGCGCCCCUGCACCCCCAGCCCCCCCUCCACCCCUCCUCCUGCAGGGUCAGCUGACCAUGAAGGAGGUGGGCCAGUGGUCGGAGGAGGAUGUGAUUGAUUGGCUGACGGAGGAGGGCAUGCAGGAGUACUCGGAGGCCUUCCGGCAGCUGGACGGUCCGAGCCUCUUGCGCCUCUCUGAGCAGGACUUCCGCGGCCCGCCUCUCUCGCUGGUCUCCGGGGACAACGGCCGGCAGCUGCUGGACCGCCUGGAGACGCUCCGCAUCGCCCACCACAUGGAGGCGCACAAGGACGGCCAUCAUCAUCACCACCAACACCACGGCAAGAGUCACCACGCCAACGGGCAUGCCCUUGGCAACGGCACGGCCAAGCAGCACCACAACGGCAUGCCAAAGAACGGUUUCCAUUCGGACCAGGUGCACAUCAAGAUCCCGCUGCCGCAGCCGGCGCCCGAGCGCUUCCCGGCCGAGUGGAGCAAGACCGGCACGGCCUUCCUGUACGCCGUCUGCUGCUUCCUCACCACCAGUGUGGUCAUCUCGGUGGUGCACGAACGCGUCCCGCCCAAGGAGAUCUCACCGCCGCUGCCCGACAAGUUCUUCGACUUUUUUGAUCGUGUGGAGUGGGCCUUCUCCAUCUGCGAGGUCAACGGCAUGCUGCUAGUGUUCCUCUGGCUCAUGCAGUGGAUGCUGCUCAAACACAGGUCCAUUGUGGGCCGUCGGUUCUUCUUCAUCGUGGGCACACUCUACCUGUACAGGUGUGUCACGAUGUACAUCACCACCCUGCCGGUGCCUGGCAUGCACUUUAGAUGCGCGCCCAAGCUCUCUGGCAGGUGGGAGGCUCAGAUCCACAGGAUAAUGAAGAUGAUUGCUGGCGGCGGGUUGACAAUCACAGGAUCCCACUCUAUGUGUGGAGACUACCUGUACAGCGGCCACACCGUGAUGCUCACACUAACUUAUCUCUUCAUUAAAGAGUACUCUCCAAAGAGGUUCUGGGUGUAUCACUGGGUCUGCUGGACCCUGAGUGUGGUGGGGGUCUUUUGCAUCUUACUGGCCCAUGACCACUACACUGUAGACGUGCUGGUGGCGUACUUCAUCACCACACGCCUCUUCUGGUGGUAUCACACGCUAGCCAAUCAGCCGGUUCUGAAAGAGAGCUCCCAAGGAAACCUCUUCUCCCGGGUCUGGUGGUACCGUCUGUUCCAGCACUUUGAGCACAACGUCCAGGGCACGGUCCCGAGGAGCUAUCAGCUGCCGCUGCCAGGGCGCAUAUUACCGUGGAUAAAUACGGUGAAAUACAGCAGACUGGAGACGCUGUGACCCAGGUCAUGUGACGGGAGUGGAACAGUGUGGGACUCCGCGGAGCGAGAGGCCAUAUAAACUCCUCCUCAUUAGACUACAUACCUGCUAAAUGGCUCAGCACUGUGAUCUAUCGUUAUUUGUAUUGACAUUACUUUGUAUUUGAUUUAUUGGAAGAUAUUGUAAUUUACUGGACUAACAUGUGUAUCCUGAACAGUACUUAAAGAUGACUGGAGUUGGAAAGCCUCAACCCGCUAUUCCUCAAAAUGGAGCUUUAGCAUUUCAGAAAUGCAAUAUUUUCUUCUUUUUUUUUUUUUUUAACUUUGACAGUUUAUGAGUAAAUCCUUCAAACUUUGAUUCUGUGCUUAGAAUCAUGGUUGUACCCAUUACAGUGAAGGAUAGAGUACAAUUAUAUAACUUGUAAAGGUGAGUUCUCUCUUAAACUGUUAAACAGUCUCACACUCUUAUAGAAGCAGAUUUGUUUUGGGUUUUAUACAUCUGUAGACGCGCCCUCUUUUGUACAUGUACAAUCUUUACAAAUGCGGCAAGGGUGCAAAACAGUUUUUUUGUUUCUCUAUAUCUCACAGGUCUAUUUUUCAAAACAAUGUUCAAUAUCUUUAUUUCUUUUCUUUUUCUUUUUUAGAUUUGUACCUUUUCGUAAUGAGUGCUGAAUGCUGGAUAAUGUUAAAAUGAUGUGUUUAGUGUUCAAUCAGUGCCUUUAUAAUUAUGAUUGUAAUUUGUGUGUGUAACUUCGACAACACAAAAAUGUCCCGUGUGUGUGUGUGUGUGAGAGAGUGAGAGAGAGAGGAGAGA